CAAUGCCGCUAUAAAGGCUUGUUUUGCUCCGGGGGCUAAUGCUCCGGAGCGUGGUCGAGUGGCCGGCGCGGCCUUCCUGGAGCUGGGGCACAGAUAGUUGGCGAGGUUGAGGAACCUUUCGCGGGGAAGGUUGGACUUCAGUGAUCCCUGUAACAAGCAGGAUUAUUCUGAUCUGCAGCUGUAUCCUGACACUGGGGACACUGGCAGAUGCCAGGAAUCCUCAAGUGGAACCAAGAGUCUGUGAACCCUCCACUCAGAGAAGAUGAAGGACAUUGACAUAGGAAAAGAAUACAUCAUCCCCAGCCCUGGUUAUAGAAAUGUGCGGGAGAGAACCAGCAAUUCAGGGCAGCACCGAGACCGUGAGGACUCCAAGUACAAGAGAACUCAACCGUUGGAUUGCCAGGAUGCCUUGGAAACAGCAGCCCGAGCAGAAGGCCUUUCCCUGGACCCCUCCAUGCAUUCUCAGCUCAGAAUCCUGGAUGAGGAACAUCCCAAGGGAAAGUACCAUCAUAGCUUAAGUGUUCUGAAGCCCAUCCGGACCACUUCCAAACACCAGCACCCAGUGGACAAUGCUGGGCUCUUCUCCUGUAUGACUUUUUCUUGGCUUUCUCCUCUGGCUCGCAAAGCCCACAAGAAGGGGGAGCUCUUAAUGGAGGAUGUGUGGUCUUUGUCCAAGCAUGAGUCUUCCGAGGUGAACUGCAGAAGACUAGAGAGACUGUGGCAAGAAGAGCUGAAUGAAGCUGGGCCCGACGCUGCUUCCCUCCGGAGGGUUGUGUGGACCUUCUGCCGCACCAGGCUCAUCCUCUCCAUCGUGUGCCUGAUGAUCACGCAGCUGGCAGGCUUCAGUGGACCAGCCUUCGUGGUGAAACACCUCCUGGAGUACACCCAGGACACAGAGUCUAACCUCCAGUACAGCUUGCUGCUAGUCCUGGGCCUCCUGCUGACAGAAAUCGUGCGUUCUUGGUCACUCGCACUGACAUGGGCGUUGAAUUACCGAACUGGGGUACGCUUGCGGGGAGCCAUCCUAACCAUGGCGUUUAAGAAGAUCCUUAAGCUGAAGAACAUUAAGGAGAAGUCUGUGGGUGAGCUCAUCAACCUGUGCUCAAACGACGGGCAGAGGAUGUUUGAGGCAGCUGCUGUUGGCAGCUUGCUGGCUGGAGGACCUGUUAUUGCCAUCUUGGGCAUGGUUUAUAAUGUAAUUAUUCUGGGACCAACAGGCUUCCUGGGAUCAGCUGUUUUUAUCCUCUUUUAUCCUGCAAUGAUGUUUGUUUCACGGAUCACUGCAUAUUUCAGGAGAAAAUGUGUGACCAUCACAGAUGACCGUGUCCAGAAGAUGAAUGAAGUUCUCACCUAUAUUAAAUUUAUUAAAAUGUAUGCCUGGGUCAAAGCAUUCUCUCAGAGUGUACAAAAAAUCCGAGAGGAUGAGCGUCGGAUGCUGGAAAAAGCUGGGUACUUUCAGAGCAUCACCGUCGGCGUGGCUCCUAUUGUGAUGGUGAUCGCCAGCGUGGUGACCUUCUCUGUUCACAUGACCCUUGGCUUUGAUCUGACAGCGGCCCAGGCUUUCACAGUGGUAACUGUCUUCAAUUCCAUGACUUUUGCUUUGAAAGUUACACCGUUUUCAGUAAAGUCCCUCUCAGAAGCAUCUGUGGCUGUUGACAGAUUUAAGAGUUUGUUUCUAAUGGAAGAGGUUCACAUGAUAAAGAAAAAACCAGCCAGCCCUCACCUCACGAUAGAGAUGAAAAAUGCCACCUUGGCAUGGGACUCCUCCCACUCCAGUAUCCAGAACUCACCCAAGCUGACCCCCAAAACGAAAAAAGACAAGAGGGCUGCCAGGGGCAAGAAAGAGAAGGUGAGGCAGCUGCAGCGCACUGAGCAUCAGGCGGUGCUGGCAGAACAGAAGGGUCACCUCCUCCUGGACAGUGACGAGCGGCCCAGCCCUGAGGAGGAAGAGGGCAAGCACAUCCACCUGGGGAGCCUCCGCCUGCAGAGGACGCUCUACAACAUCGACUUAGAGAUCGAAGAGGGUAAACUAGUUGGAAUCUGUGGCAGUGUGGGAAGUGGAAAAACUUCUCUCAUUUCAUCCAUUUUAGGCCAGAUGACACUUCUAGAGGGCAGCAUUGCAGUCAAUGGAACCUUCGCUUAUGUGGCCCAGCAGGCCUGGAUCCUCAACGCCACUCUGAGAGACAACAUCCUCUUUGGGAAGGAAUUUGAUGAAGAAAGAUACAACUCCGUGCUGAACUGCUGCUGCCUGAGGCCUGACCUGGCCAUCCUUCCCCACAGUGAUCUGACAGAGAUUGGUGAGCGAGGAGCCAACCUGAGUGGCGGGCAACGCCAGAGGAUCAGCCUUGCCCGGGCCUUGUAUAGUGACCGAGACAUCUACAUCCUGGACGACCCCCUCAGUGCCUUAGAUGCCCACGUGGGCAACCACAUCUUCAACAGUGCUAUCCAGAAGCAUCUCAAGUCCAAGACGGUUCUGUUCAUUACCCACCAGUUACAGUACCUGGCUGACUGUGAUGAGGUGAUCUUCAUGAAAGAGGGCUGUAUUACAGAAAGAGGCACUCAUGAGGAAUUGAUGAAUCUAAAUGGUGAUUACGCUACUAUUUUUAAUAACCUGUUGCUGGGAGAGACACCCCCAGUUGAGAUUAAUUCAAAAAAGGAAACCAGUGGUUCACAGAAGAAAACACAAGAGAAGGGUCCUAAAACAGGAUCAGUAAAGAAGGAGAAAGCAGUGAAGCCAGAGGAAGGGCAGCUCGUGCAAAUGGAAGAGAAGGGGCAGGGCUCUGUGCCCUGGUCAGUGUAUGGUGUCUAUAUCCAGGCUGCUGGGGGCCCUUUGGCGUUCCUGGUCAUUCUGUCCCUUUUCAUGCUGAAUGUGGGCAGCACUGCUUUCAGCAACUGGUGGUUGAGUUUCUGGAUCAAGCAAGGAAGUGGGAACACCACGGUGACUCAAGAAAACAGGACAUCUGUGAGCAACAGCAUGAAGGAUAAUCCUCUCAUGCACUACUAUGCCAGCAUCUACGCCCUCUCCAUGGCAGUCAUGCUGAUCCUGAAAGCUGUUCGCGGAGUGGUCUUUGUCAAGGGCACAUUGCGAGCCUCCUCCCGGCUCCAUGAUGAGCUUUUCCGAAGAAUCCUUCGAAGCCCUAUGAAGUUUUUUGACACUACCCCCACAGGAAGAAUUCUCAACAGGUUUUCCAAAGACAUGGAUGAAGUCGACGUGCGCCUGCCGUUCCAGGCCGAGAUGUUCAUUCAGAACGUCAUCUUGGUGUUCUUCUGUGUUGGAAUGAUCGCAGGAGUUUUCCCAUGGUUCCUCGUGGCAGUGGGGCCCCUUGUCAUCCUCUUUUCAAUUCUGCACAUUGUCUCCAGGGUCCUGAUCCGAGAGCUGAAGCGUCUAGAUAAUAUCACACAGUCACCUUUCCUCUCCCACAUCACAUCCAGCAUACAGGGCCUUGCCACCAUCCACGCCUACAACAAAGGGCAGGAAUUUCUGCACAGGUACCAGGAGCUACUGGAUAACAACCAGAGUCCUUUCUUCCUGUUCACUUGUGCGAUGCGGUGGCUGGCGGUGCGGCUGGACCUAAUCAGCAUUGCCCUGAUCACCACCACUGGGCUGAUGAUUGUUCUCAUGCAUGGGCAGAUUCCCCCAGCAUAUGCAGGGCUUGCCAUCUCCUAUGCUGUGCAGUUGACAGGGCUGUUCCAGUUUACUGUCAGACUGGCAUCGGAGACAGAAGCUCGCUUCACCUCAGUGGAGAGGAUCGACCACUACAUCAAGACUCUAUCUUUGGAAGCACCUGCCAGAAUUAAGAACAAGGCUCCCUCCCCUGACUGGCCCCAGGAAGGAGAGAUCACCUUUGAGAAUGCAGAGAUGAGGUACCAAGAAAAUCUCCCUCUGGUCCUGAAGAAAGUGUCCUUCACCAUCAAACCCAAGGAGAAGAUUGGCAUCGUGGGUCGAACAGGAUCAGGGAAGUCCUCUCUGGGCAUGGCCCUCUUCCGCCUGGUGGAGUUGUGUGGAGGCUGCAUCAAGAUUGAUGGAGUGAGAAUCAGUGACAUUGGCCUUGCUGACCUCCGGAGCAAGCUCUCCAUCAUUCCCCAGGAGCCGGUGCUGUUCAGCGGUACUGUCAGAUCAAAUUUGGAUCCCUUCAACCAGUACACGGAAGACCAGAUCUGGGAUGCCCUAGAAAGGACACACAUGAAAGAAUGUAUUGCUCAGCUACCUCUGAAACUUGAAUCUGAAGUGAUGGAGAAUGGGGAUAACUUCUCAGUGGGGGAACGGCAGCUCUUGUGCAUAGCUAGAGCCUUACUCCGUCACUGUAAGAUUCUGAUUCUAGAUGAAGCCACAGCUGCCAUGGACACCGAGACAGACUUACUGAUCCAAGAGACCAUCCGAGAAGCAUUCGCUGACUGCACCAUGCUGACGAUUGCCCAUCGCCUACACACAGUCCUAGGCUCUGAUAGGAUUAUGGUGCUGGCCCAGGGGCAGGACUCUUUUCCAUCCAUAGGUUUGGAUCAGCUUGCACAGCAAGAUGCCAUUUACUUGGUAUGCCUUUGACUUGAGCUGCAGUUUCUUCCCUCUGCAGCAUAUGGGACCUUUUGAUUGAUUCCUUCUUACACAAGGCUGAAAGAA